CUAAAAGUAAACACCUCCAUCAAUACCAGUGGGACAUUUAUGAUGACUGUGGACCCAUUGAACCUAGUAAUUUAUGAUUCUGUAGUUGAUACUUACCCUCUCACAGAGAACUUAGUCAUGUAUUUUGGAUGAAAUUACCCUGAAGCAUACAAAUUAUCAACGGUGGACGUUAGAAAUUAUACGAUGAUCAACUCUCAAGAGCGACCAUUGAGUAGGAAUCCUUCAGGGAUCGAUUCGAACUCCCCUGGGAAUUGGACCAUCAGGAACUUGGAUGCUACUAAGUUCUAUGGCUCUGUCAAUGAUAUCUCCUUCUCCCUGGGAAUAUUUCAGUUCCCUCAAUGAGUCCCUGAUGAUAAUUUAACUAGGAUUAUUGAUAUAGAUGGAGCAUUUUUUAGUGUUAUUGAUCCAACUCUGUUUAAAAUCAAUGGAUUCUACGGAGAUUUAUCGUAUCCUCAUUACAGACCCACAGAAAUUGUAGCAGACAAUCUACUAUUCACUAAUUAUACAUCUCAAAACCUUGUUAUAUUAGGUCUUGUGUGAAGCGCAAUGGAAAAGAUUCAGUUAAAAAGCAUGAACUUUACUAACUCCACUUUAUUAAAUUCAAUAAUAUUCCUAAGAGGAUUCGGAGAAGUAAGAAUAGGAGACAGUUCUCAGAAUCAGACUAAUAUUUAUAUGGAUACCAUUUCUAUCUCAACUCCAUCAGCUCUUAUCAUUCAAGAUAUAGUUGACUUUGAGCUUCAUAAUAUUGAGAUAAAAUCUUUAGUUGUGACUCCCCAAACUUCACCUCAGUUUUUAUACUUCAAUGCAUUCUCAAACUCUUUGUUCAAUAUAAAAUCAAUGAAAGUGUGUUCAUCUAAUUUUCAAUCUUCUUCACUCAUAUUCACAGAGACACCUUUAAACGUAGUAACUCUGAAUGAUAUUGAAGUUACAGAUUCUGUUAUAAACUCCGGCAGUAAUCUCAUUUCCCUGAAGAACAUUAAAAGCAUCCAAUUUGACUCUGCCAUCUUCAGUGGAGUAACAGUCGCUGAUACUUCAGAUGUUCAAAGUUCAAUACUAAAAAUACAAGAUAAGAACCUUCAGGAUGAUCUCAACUCUACUAUCCAAAAUAUUCAAAUGUCAAAUUGACAAAUCUCAUUAUUUAAAAUUGGAACACUUUCUGGUAGCUCGUCAGGAGAGCAGACCUUCAAAUUUUCCAAUAUUUAUUUUAAUGAUAUGACUAUACCAAGCUCAAGGAGCCUAGUUGAUACAUCUGGAUUUAUUGGUAAUGGAAAUAUCAAAAUCAGUAUGGACAACUUCACAUUUGUUAGAGUCAAUUACACAAGAAAUGGAAACUAUCUAAAAUUCAGUCAUAACCUAGUCAAUGAAAUUGUAGUUGCCAACUCACAUUUCAACAGCUCAGAUUCAUCAUCAAUCCUCUUGGAUAGAUCGAGUGAUGACUCAACCAUCAAAACUUUUGUUAGAUUUGAAAACUGCACCUUUUCAAACAACAUUGUUAAAAGCAUUGCAGCCAUACAAAUCAAAAAUAAUGUGAAGUUAACUAUUGUGGAUUCUGUGUUUACUCAAACUGCUUCACUUUUUGAAAGGUCUACAUUAUUUCAUUGUCAGUAUAAUUCCCAACUUAUCAUUUCUAAUUGAGUGUUUACUCAAAAUUAUGGACUCAUAGCUUCUUUGUUUACCAUUGAAACUGGCUCAUAUGCUCAGUGAGAGAAAUGCACUAUCAACAACAAUUUUGCCCUCUCUGGAGGCUUGAUCGAAGUCCUCAGUAAUGGUCAUUUUAAUAUUGUUAACUCUACAAUAACAGAAAACCAUGCCAUUCAAGUGCCUCUUGCCAAGAUCUUUGAUGCUUCUGAAAUCAGUACAAUCGACAACUCUGAAUUAUUCUUAAAUACCCCUAUAUCAAGUAUUGAAUAUACAUCAGAGAUGGCAUCAUGCUCAAAGCUCUGUUUUUUAAACACAGAAUUCAAACAAUAUGUUACAUCAAAUAAUUUACACAACAUAACAAAUUCAAAAGUGCUUUUUGAAGUAAUAUCAGGGUCAUUUCAUAUUAAAAAUAACUCAAAAAUACACUCAGAAAGCUAUCCUCUAUUAAGCUUGAUGUCUGACAUUCAAAUUGAUUCUUCAACUUUCACAAAUAUAUCUUUUAUUUCAACUUCUAUUCAAGUUGCCACUUCGAACAUCACAUUAAAUAAUGUGACUUUUGAAGAAAUACUGGGAAAUUUAAACUCUGAACUUAUUCUUGGAGAUGUAGGGAGUAACAUUAAACUUACAGAUGUUAGUUACAAAUCAUCAAAUGCAUCACUCUGCAGAAUUAGUUCUAGUGAACUAUAUUUGAACCGAGUGUCCAUCUUAAACAUCCAGAAUUCAAAUGACCUAAUUCAAGUUAAAAAUUCGGACAAAUCAGUGCUGCAAAAUAUUGAAAUUAUAAAUUCGACCGUGACUUCAAAGAGCAUGUUUUUGUUUUCAAGGUCCUCUCAAAUUGUAAUAAUUGGGCUCAAUGUAAGAAGUAAUCCAAUCAAAAAUAUUAUAUCAUUUACUGACUCCCAUGUACAAUUACUGCAAGAUAUUGAUAUCCAGAGCUGCCUGAAAGCUCUUGAAGCUAUUCAGACCACUAUAGAUAUGAUUAAUGGAUCUAUUUUUAGCCAUAAUGGAAAUAUAGCCUCAAGUGUAGGAGGAGCCAUUCUCUUACAAAACAGUAAAGCAAUUAUAGCUAACUCUACUUUCAAUCAAAAUUUUGCAACAAGAGGAGGAGCAGUUGCUUUAGAAUGCACUUCUUUGAUACUUUGAGAUUUAAAAUUAGAGAAUGUAAAUUUUACUAACAACAAAGCAUCUGUUCAAGGGGGAGCUAUAAAUUUCAACUAUAAACAUCCAGCUAUUUCGAGUUGUAAUUUUGUUAAUAACUCUGCUCAAUAUGGACCAGAAAUUGCUAGCUAUCCGGUCAAGAUUCGAAUGGAGCAAGACAUUCAUUCAGACAUGAACAUAUCUAAUGUUGGAUCUGGAGUAGAACUUGGAUAUUUGAUAAAGCUAUCAUUAUUAGACUUUGAUAACCAAACUCUUGUGAUGAACAGUGCUGAUCAAAUCUCCAUAUUUGCUUCAAAUAGUCAAAACUCCUCUGUUCUAGGAACAAAUACAGUACAAAUGAAAAAUGGAGUUUCAGAAUUUGAUGCGAUCCAGUUUGUAUCUAUCAUUGGAAGCAAGAGUGUUAAAUAUAAUGUGGUGUCCAAAGCUAUUGAUAAUACAAAAGUAUCUCAAUCUUUCGGGAGUUCUCUUCUAUCAAACCAAAUCACAGUAGAUUUCAGAUUCUGAAAACCUGGCGAACAGAUUAGUACCGACAACUUAUGCACUAAAUGAUCAGCAGGUACUUAUUCGCUGGCUUGGAAUUCUACGAGUUGUGAAAAAUGAAUCAGAGAUGCCUUUUGACCCGGGAAUGAACAAAUACAAGUCAAUUCUGGGUACUGGAGAAACACAGCAAACUCUACUGAAAUUAAAGAAUGUUUGAUUUCCAAAGCAUGAAAAGGUGGCUAUUUCCCUAAUUUAACCCAUCCUGUGCAAUGACUGGAUGGAUAUUCUGGGGUUUUAUGCACCCAAUGAGUGAUCAUUGAUGAUAGUAAAUACGCUCGAGUAGGAGACUACGAAUGUGAGAAAUGCCCUGAUCCUGCAGCAAAUGCUUUUAAAGUUAUUGGAGUCGGAUUUCUAGUGUUCUGUUUUUUCAUGGUCUUGAUAAUUAUCAAUGUUAAGAAGACAAAGGAAAGUAAUUUAUCAGUCUUGUUCAGAAUUCUAACAAAUUAUAUUCAAUUGGUAUCCACAGCCAUCAGCCUGACAUCAAGCUAUCCAGAAUCAUUUAUAUCUGCAUUCUCUGUUACGGAUGAGGUUGGGACAUCAACAGAGGCUUUUUUAUCUUUUGAUUGAUUUGUAGAAGACUAUGAGAUAAAAGGACCUUUUGAAUCAAAUGCAUUAUUCAAACUAUUUUUAAUGGGUCUUCUUCCAAUUAUACUCUUCAUCAUUGUUUCAUUGAUAUGGGUAAUUAUUAAGCUUAUCAAGCCACCCUUUGUUAAAAGCCUCGAGAGAAAUCUUGUGAUAUCUUUUAUUUCAAUUUUGUUUCUUCUCCAUCCAGCUAUCACCAAGAGAAGCUUUGAGCUGUUCAGAUGCGUCGAUAUAGAGGAUGGCAUCAGUCAAGUACGCCUCGAUAUGCAGAUUGAGUGAUAUUCUGAUGACCAUUUGGGAUACAUAUAUACAAUUGCAGCUCCAAUAAUAUUUGUUUGGGUAAUCUCAGUACCAUGCAUUGCCCUCCUCCUUCUGAUUAAAUAUAUCAAUCAGCCAGGCCAAAAUAAGAUUAAAGUAUACUUUUUGAUUCUUGUCCAAGGCUUGAAAGAGGAUAAAUUUUAUUGGGAGUUCGUGAAUACUGCUCGAAAAAUAUCAGUAAUCAUUACAUUCCCAUUCAACACUACAACAAGGCUCUUUUGAGCUCUCUUUGUAUUAAUAGGAUUCACCAGGCUCAACAGCAAGCUUAAGCCAUACAGAGAAGAGUCUUUUAACUACCUAGAAAUAACAGGAUCUAAUGCAGGAAUAAUCAUGCUUGCAGCAGGGUUGAUCUACUCUCGAGAUGAAGAAGUAAACAUACUCAACUUUUUAAUGAUGAUCGUUGUAUUCAUAUCCAAUGCCUAUUUCAUCCUCGAUUGGAUAUACCAAUUCUUAAUGCUCUACAGGAAGAAGUACAGAUUAAUCCGCCCAAUCCUCACUCUCUUUGGAAGAGUCCUGCUCAAAAAGAAAAUACAAAUGGAGACUAAGAAAGUUAAGAAGAAAUUUCUAGGAUCUGUAGUCCGAUCAAAGAAGAAGAAAAGGUCCCAAAAGAGACUUAAGAACAAGAAAUAUAUCAAAGGAGCUAAUAGGAGAAAACAUAAAUUACAAAAGAAAUUUAUAAAACUGGAAAAGACAUCCAAGAGGGAUUCAUUCAACCUCAACAAACUAGCAGGAAAUUUAGUAUCCCUAGAAGGUCUAAGUCAAACAGACAAAAAUCUGGUUCUUGGCAAACUAAGCUCAAUGAGGACAAAGAGCUUGAUCAAACCAUCUGAAAGAUUACAGAAGAAACCUGAACAAAGAGAAAGAAUACCAACUUUAGAAGAGAGUUUACCUUUAGGGAAUAUGUUUGCUUUGAAAAGGCUGGGAGAAUUCACUCCAAGAAAAAAUGUAAUAAUGGAGGAAACAAAAGAACAAAUUGACGAAGAAGAGCUCUCAGUCAAUAAAUCAAAAAAUUUUGAGGAAGAAAAGAAAUUGCCAAACUCUGCACUUAAAAACUACUUUCAAGACAUUUCAGAAUCAGACUAUUAA